GAUGCAGAAGCUGUCUUCAAAUCAUCGUCGUCAGCAUGCCCACUCCUCAUGACAUCUUCACCUAGGAUGAAGACGUAAAGAAGUAUACAAAUAGUCGCGAUGUAGCUCAUAAAUUUGAACCCUUUCAAUUCUUUCUCGCGCUUUUGCUCGUGAUCUCUUGCACUGUCCUUGUAGAGUUAUUUCAAGAUGCGUCUUCUCAAUCUCAUCGCGACUGUCUGUCUCAGUUCGUUUACUGCAGCUUCACGAACUCCAGAUGCCUCUUCUCAACUCCGUACAAAAUCUUUAAAUGGCACUCAUGCCAAACCAAUCACACCAAAAGUCUUCAUUAUAGACAUGUUUUCAGAUGAAGGAGAUGCAUGGUAUGGGAUCAAAGAAUUUGAUAUUCUGGCUAGGAAUAUCACUGUGCCUGGAAUAAGUCCACUUUUCCCCGAGGUACAUUGUACACAGGACGGAGAAAUUUGCCAAGUUGUAACCGGAGAAGGAGAAAUUAAUGCUGCUGUGACGAUCAAUUCGAUUGCUUAUUCACCCCUUUUCGACUUGAGCCAGACCUAUUUCCUCAUUGCGGGCAUUGCAGGUGUGUCUCCCAAGGUAGCCACUAUUGGUUCUGUAACCUUUUCCCGUUUUGCUGUAUCUGUAGCUCUUCAAUACGAAAUGGACGCCAGAGAAAUGCCUUCUAAUUGGACCACUGGAUAUUGGCCUCAAGGAUCUUAUUCGCCCACGGAAACAGUGACUGAAAUCUACGGCACUGAAGUUUUCGAAGUCAAUGAACCAUUACGCCAGAUUGCCAUGGAAUUUGCCCGAAAGGCUGUUCUUAACGAUACCGCCGAUGCAAUGAGCUAUCGAGCUCUAUACGGUGCCACAGAAGCAUAUGCUCUCGGCGCUCAACCGCCUUCAGUUGUGGCUUGCGACACUGCAACCUCCGAUGUCUACUUCACUGGAGAACUACUAGCUGAUGCUUUUGAAAAUACUACCUCUUUGUGGACGAAUGGGAGUGGUAUUUACUGCACCACUCAACAAGAAGAUAACGCCACGCUGGAAGCUCUUCUCCGAGCCGCUACUAACAGUCUCGUCGAUUUCUCCCGUAUCAUUAUCAUGCGUACCGCAUCAGACUUUGAUCGUCCUCAUGCCAAUCAAACUAUCUUGGAUAAUCUUUUCGAACAAGACCAAGGCUAUGACCCAUCUAUCAAGAACAUAUAUUUAGCUGGUGUGAAGGUAGUUGAGGGUAUUGUGAGUGGCUGGAAUAGUACAUUUUCUGGGGGUGUUGAAGCUACUAAUUAUGUGGGAGACAUACUUGGGACACUAGGUGGCGAACCGGAUUUUGGACCAGGCUCAGUCUUUCCAAAAAGAAAGAUGAAGCAAAGGAGGGGUAUUAAACGCCACUAAACGCGACUUGAUUUGAUUUGAUUUUUUAUGAAUAAUUAAAAAAAAAAAGCUGUAUUAGUAGGAUAUGGACGUAGUAAAAGAGGUUCAAUGGAGAUAUCUAUUUUCUCUUAGGUCCGCAGCAGCUCAGUUUAUGAUUGCUAGUUGCUCCAUUGGCGACGUAUCCUUUUAAUUCAAUCUGCGCCGUGAGGCGCGUGAUCA